CCCUAUACAGGUGGCGCCCGCGCGGGCCGACUUUACUCCCGCCUGAGACGGCGCCACUCCACCCCUGCACGGCCCUUGGAGCUGCAGGCGGCAUGCAAGCUGUCCUCAAUGCUUCAAUCCCAAUCGCCAACAGCACCGAGGUGCAACCUCAACUUGGCACUCUCCCGCGCAACCAAACCAUUGUGCUUGCGGCGCAACUCUGGUGCGACGGUGCUAUAGUCUCGAAUGGCGACGCGAUCCCAUUGAGGCAAAGAUACAACGGCCACCAUGAACGGCUUUGAGAAGAGCGGCCUCAGGGAGGACGACUUUGGCGCCUCGAGCAACAAUAUCGUCAAGGCUUUUGAUGCCUUCCCCAAGUCUAAACCGCAAUAUGUGACGAGGACGUCCGGCGGUGGCAAAUGGACCGUUGCCAUGGCGGUCGUCUCCGUCAUCCUCCUUUGGAGCGAGGUCGCCCGCUGGUGGCGCGGUUCCGAGACGCACGACUUUGCCGUCGAAAAGGGCGUCUCCCACUCCCUGCAGAUCAACCUCGAUACCGUCGUGCGCAUGCCCUGCGGCGAUCUACACGUCAAUGUCCAGGACGCUGCCGGCGACCGCAUUCUCGCAGCCACCCGCCUGCACCGCGACCAGACGAGUUGGGCGCAGUGGGCCAGCGCCAGCGGCAUCCACCGCCUGGGGAGGGACAGCGAAGGCCGCGUCAUCACCGGCGCGGGCUGGCAGAACCUGGCGGCCGAGGACGAAGGCUUUGGCGAGGAGCACGUUCAUGACAUUGUUGCCCUGGGCAAGAAGAGGGCGCGUUGGGCCAAGACGCCCAAAGUCAGAGGGCCGCCCGAUAGCUGCCGCAUAUACGGCUCCCUUGAGCUGAACAAGGUGCAGGGAGACUUUCACAUCACUGCCCGCGGACACGGCUAUAUGGAAGGCGGCGCCCAUCUCGAUCAUGAGAGAUUCAACUUUUCGCAUAUCAUCAACGAGCUUUCGUACGGCGCUUUCUACCCAUCGCUCGUCAACCCGCUAGACCUCACCGUCAACGCCGCCAGCGCACACUUCCACAAGUUCCAGUACUACCUGUCUGUGGUGCCAACAGUCUACACGGUGGGCUCGAAGUCCCUUUUCACCAACCAGUACGCAGUCACUGCCCAGAGCAAGGAGGUGCCGGAGGACAUUGUGCCGGGCGUCUUUUUCAAGUACGACAUUGAGCCGAUACUGCUCUCCGUGCACGAAAAUCGCGAUGGCAUGCUAUUGUUUGCCGUCAAGCUCAUCAACGUCCUCAGCGGCGUCCUCGUGGCAGGUCAUUGGGGCUUCACCAUCACUGAGUUUCUCAAAGAGGUGAUUGGAAAGAGGCGGCGUAGUGGUGGCGGCCAAGGCAUGAUUGGCAACAAGAAUGGUUACGACGAAUAGACGGCGGCAGCAUAGAGUAUCUGGGGCGUUGCGUGGGACAGGCGUUGAGGUUACCAUGGAUGUACUUGUAUUCAUCGAGCGACAUUUUAUGAGGAUCGCGAUAUGCAAGACUUGAUUUAUUUCCUGUACAAAAGGCAACCAAUCCAGAUGCUUCAGCGGCCACGACCGUGUUGUCCAAGAGAGACGGACUGUUGCAGAGUAACCCCUCGGAAAGGGAACCUUGGUAGAGAGCAGACCGCCGCAGAGGAUGCUGCCACGGAUGAAGCAAGUCAUGAAGGUCGUAGAGGUGGCAGAGCUGGGGAGGGGACUGGGCGCGAUGGACGGUUGUCGGC